UUCGUCUAUUGCAUAACAUGCUGAAGUUCUCGAGUAACGCGACUGAUAAGUUACAGAGCUUCUUCUCACAUUCUCAUCAACAGGAUCCGGUUCAUCGGAGAAAUGUCUUCUCCGUCUCUUAUUAUCAGAUGAGGAAAACGGGUUGGAAUCCUCUGCGGGCGACUGUAUCUGCUGAUCAAGAAAGUGUGAUUCAAGCGGAACAAGGUGUGGGCACACUCGCGGGUCGGCUCCGGUUGGGUAGCUUGACAGAGGAUGGAUUAUCGUAUAAGGAGAAGUUCAUAAUCAGAUCCCACGAAGUGCAGAGUAACAAAACCGCUACAAUUCAAAUCAUUGCCAAUCUUUUGCAGGAGGUGGGAUGUAAUCAGUUUCAGAGCGUUGGAUUUUCGACUGAUGGGUUUGCGACAACACCUACUAUGAGGAAACUGAAUCUCAUUUGGGUCACUUCCAGAAUGCACAUUGAGAUGUACAAAUAUCCAGCUUGGUAUUGGGGAGAUGUGGUUGAGAUAGAGACAUGGUGUCAGAGCGAAGGAAGGAUCGGGACAAGGCGUGACUGGAUUCUUAAGGACAUUGCUAGUGAUGAAGUCACUGGCCGUGCUACAAGCAAGUGGGUAAUGAUGAACCGAGAUACAAGACGGCUUCAGAAAGUUUCUGAUGAUGUUCGGAACGAGCACUUGGUGUUCUGUCCUAAAGAACCCAGAUUAGCAUUCCCUGAGGAGAAUAACAGAAGCUUGAAGAAAAUCCAGAAACUCGAAGAUCCAGCUCAGUAUUCAAUGAUUGGGCUUAAGCCAAGAAGAGCUGAUCUUGACAUGAACCAGCAUGUCAAUAAUGUCACCUAUAUUGGAUGGGUUAUUGAGAGCAUACCUCAAGAGAUUGUAGACACGCACGAACUUCAGGUCAUAACUCUUGAUUACAGAAGAGAAUGUCAACAAGACGAUGUAGUUGAUUCACUCACCACCUCAGAGAUUGGUAGGACAAAUUGCUCUGAAACAUCAGGCACACAGGGCCAUAGCGAUGGACAGUUCUUACAUCUCCUAAGGUUGUCUGGAGCUGGUCAGGAGAUCAACCGCGGGACAACCCUAUGGAGGAAGAAGCUCUACAAAUAGACAAUCUCUUGUCCAAGUUUCUAACCCAAAUAAUCAAACUCCAAUUAGAGCCAAAAAAAUCAUCAACUUUUAAACAUUGACCGUUUUGACUUUAUAUUUUGUUGACUCCGCCAUUUAAAAAAUUUGAAUUGUGAAUUGUAGAAUUUGAUAUUUUUCAUUUUUAUUGUAUCUAAUCUAUUAAUU